AUGAGUAAAACAUUUACAAGCAAGCCGUCAGUGUCAUACGCACGAGGACGUGGAACGCGACAGACAACCGAGUCAACAACUAGACCAAAACCUGUAAAUAGGGACUCUUCACCAACCCGAGCUCCUCCACCAGGACAACCUCGAGCGCCUGUAAACCGAGGAAGAGGCCGAGGUGUCGCUACAAACGGACGAGGCGGAGGACUUUCGUCAGUCAGAGGAAGGGGAAUGGAUGUCAACCAGCCCUCCCAGGAUCAAGGCGAACCGCCUUCACAAGAACAGCGAACGUCAUAUCAGGGAGGAUUUACUAUGAUAACACCAAAUGAAAAGAAACGUCAAGCCGUCAGUGAACAGGCCAAACGUGGACUGGAGCAGUACAAUAGUCACAAACAGCAACAGAAGCUAGGUCAUGUCAGCUAUGUGGGAACGGCUGGAGGAGGUCAGAUGACCAUGGAGGAAUCGAGACAAAGAAUAAUUGAUGGAAAUCGAUUUGGAAAAGUAGACAGACUGCAAAAACAGCAGCAGUACAAAAAUGAAAGAAAACAGAAAGAAGAAGCAGAAUAUGAAAAAAAGAAAUUACAGCAGAGGAUGAAGGCUGAGAGUAACAAACAAAGAGAAGUAAGUCGGCAGUCACAGGACCAUAUAAAAUAUGAUGAGGACAGGAGAAGAAAAAAUGAAGAGUUCCUUAGGAAAUUAGAAGGUAAAAGUAGACAGCCAGCUGCAUCUGCCUCAACCACAGACAAUUCUCCACUGCGACUUGCUGCUCCUGCUACAUCACCAGACAAUCAGAGUCAAAGGUCAUAUGAAUAUACUCCAGUGGUUCAAAGUUCACAGCAGUUUAACUCCUCAGGAGUUCAAAGUUCACAGUUCACUGAUGAAGCAACAGGAGGUCAGAGUUCAGAACUUGAGACAUUAAUGUCUAUGUUCCCAAUGUACAGUACAGAAAUCCUAAGUGACUUCCUAAGUCAGACAGGAAACAAUGUGGACCAAGCAGUGCAACUUUUGACUCAAUAAAAAAAUAAUUAUGAUAUAAAUAGAAAGUAUGUUAAUGACAAUGUAAUUUUAAUGGAAGUGUGAAACUCUGUGUUAAAUAAUGAAAUUAAGGAAGAUUUUGAUUGUUGUGUGAAACAUUUUGAUAUAUGGCCGGUGUUUUAUGAGAAAUAUGAAAUAACUGAAUUGGUAAUAUAAAUGUAUUCCAGAACAGGGCUAACUGGGAAUAAUCUAACUUAUUAAAAACCAGUGGAUUAUAACUGUGAACCAAUUUUCUUUCAAAAAAUCACAAACAAUUUCAGGAAAUGUUAAGUGUCAUAAAUUAAGACAGAGAUGAUAAUAAUUUUCAUUACAAUAUGUAUUAAUGUGUGACUCUAUACACAUACUUUACAUACUAAUCCAGGAUCCAUUUUAUCAUAAAUUAUGAAUGACACAUAUUACAGAUUUUUUUUAAGCCAAUGACUAAUUAUUUACUGUAAGGUCAUAUAUUUUUGUGAUGCUCUAUUUUCCUGGGGCACAAUUUUUGGCUAAUUAUAGCCAAAUAAAUAUACUUAACUGAUUUUAAUAGUUGGACACAUGGAUUCAUGGGUUAAGAGUAUCCAUGAAAUCAGAGCAAAUAUAUCCUCCACAAAAAUUAUUUAUGUAUCAGUAUACAUAAAGUUUAUUCUGAAUCUAGUUAAUGAUUAAUUCUACACAACACAUCACAAAACAUAACUGUUUGUUAAUGGGAGGUAUCACUUGUGUUAAAAUUUCAAAUGUGAUUCAAAUAGUUACACUAAAUGACAUUGCAAAUAUAAACCAUUAGUUUAUAUAUUUAAACGGGUUAUUUAAAUUUGAUAUUUAUGUGUACAUGCAUAAAGCAUGUUUAAUAAAACAGAAGUGAAGAGUACUUGAUAUGGCCUCAUGAAAAGCUGAUUGCUGUGUUUACAAUUCUCUAAUUUUGCUCUGAUUUAUUGAAGUACAUCCCAGAGUGUAGAAAAUUCAUUGUUGAUUAAUGGUGAGGGUUCAGAUGUGAACACAUGGCUGGUUAAAGUAGACUAGAUAGGGCAAGAAUAUUUUCAUUUUUUCUGUAGAUUAAAUAAAUGAAUUUCAACGAUAAUUCUGUGAGGUUACAUUACAAUGUAUUUGAUUGGUUCAUCCAAAGUUUGCCUACAAUUUCUUCAUUGGACAUAAAGCAUGAAUAUUGAUGAACUCAAAUGUCAUCAGUGAUUAUUGAACACCACAUAAUCAGUGAUCUUUGUCCAUCUACAGGUGUUACAAAGGAGUGAGCUUCACAUGAUUUUUUUCUGAGUACUGAUUGUGAAAUCUGGCAGAAUUCAGUUUUUGAUUCUUUUUGAUUGAUUUAACAAAGAUAUUGCCCUUUUGUAUGAUGAUUUUCCAUUUUCACACCAUGUCAUUUUUCAUUGUGCCUUUUUCACAUUCAUGAAUGCAAAAUUGUUAACUUUACAGGUUGUUAAAUGUGUGAAGGAUAAUUUCUUCACUUUUCUGAGGUAUAACUUCCUCUCUGUUUAAAGAUCAUCCUUACUGUAUAUAAAACUUAUUUAACAAAUAUAGGGUAACUACUUAUGGGCCUUGACUGGCGGAAUGAUAGCCCUCGACAAAAACAGUGCUUUGAUGUUUACACAUCUCCCUUUAAUCUGUCUCCAUAUGUCAAAUAUAUGAAAACAAACAAAAUUAUAAAGACAUUAAUGGUGAAGUUAAAUUAACAAGGCCUUAUGUAAUAGGGCACGAAAAGUUCAGUUGAAAUUUUUUUCGUUCUUUUCUUCUUGGUCAUUAUUUUCUCAUUUCCUGCAUUGUGAAUAGAAGUUUUCUGUUAUAUGGAAAGGAUGUGGUAUUAAUCAUGUUAGGACUCAUUAUAGCACACUAGCUUGCAGAGUUAUGGCCAUUUGUUAUCAUAUCUUUGUUUCAAAUUUGGAUACAUGAAUGAAAAUGUAUUAAUAUCAAGUGAAGGUGAUAUGUUACAUUUCAAUUUCAAACCACACAUGAAAAUAGAGUGUAAUGUAUUCAAAUUCAUGUAUUAUAGUGUACAUGUAUGUAUUUAUGAUAAAACUAUGUAACUACAGUUCAUUAUUAUUUCCUUUACCAUAUCCUACCUGUCUUACCUGUUUAAUGCCACUUUUCACCAUUUUGUACAGCUUACCUGUUUAACAUACUCUCUCACAAAUUUUCCAUUUUGCUCACACAUUAUACACUGACUGUGAUAUGUAUUGCUGAAUUCAAAGUAUGCUUUAACAAUAUAUUAUGUAUAUUCUUAUCUCAAAUUGUUUGUCCUUGUCAGUUUUGCAUAUACUUUUAUCACAUAAUUAGCCUCUUAGCAGUCUUUCAUUGGCUGCACCAGUUAAAAAUCUAUCAUGAUGUCAUAUGUCAUGAAUUGAAAACAGUUGCAACAAUAUGGCUGCCUGUUUUAGUCCUACACAGUUUUACUUAAAAACCUGUCAAAGGUAACUUUUCUGAGUUAUGUAAAACAAAAAAUUUUAAAUGUUUUCAUUUUAUAUGAGAUUUUAUCAUCUUGUCUUUGAGUUUUUAAAUUUUUCUCUAGCCUAUAUAGAAAAACUGUCAAGACUUGUUCCAUGAAACCUCCAUAAAUGAAAACUCACUUGAUUAAGACCCACUAUGUAUUAUCAGUUGUAGGACUAAUGUUUUCAAUGUGUUGUUAAAUUAUUUUUUGUGGACCAUUGUUUGUUUUGAAUUUGUUUAGGAAAGUCUCCCUAAAUGUAUUGCCAAAUUCUUUACUAUAUCUGUGUUAUACUCAAGUGGCAGUAUAACAGAAAUUCACUUGUUGCUUGUUACAUUUGUUUAUUCAAUUUCUGUCUGUCUAUACAUACAUAAAUU